AUGGCGUCUGCCCUGCUUACGGGCAACACGUUCAUCAUGAAGCCGUCGCCGUUCGCGCCCUGCGCCAACCUCAAGCUGGCCGAGCUGGCCCAGCAAUACUUCCCGCCGGGCGUCGUCCAGUGUCUCAGCGGCGAUGACCAGCUCGGGCCCUGGCUGACCGCGCACCCGGGCAUCGACAAGGUCAGCUUCACCGGCUCCGUGGCCACGGGGAAGCGCGUCAUGGAGAGCUGCAGCCGCACGCUAAAGCGCGUCACGCUGGAGCUCGGCGGCAACGACGCCGCCAUUGUGUUCCCGGACAUCCCUGACGUGGCUGCGACCGCAGCCGCCAUCGCACAGGCGUGCUUCCUGAACACGGGGCAGAUUUGCGUCAGCAUCAAGCGCUUGUAUGUGCACGCCGACAUCUAUGACGCAUUCCGGGACGCCUUUGUUGCCGUGGCCAAUGCGCUUCCGUAUGGCGAUGGCUUUGCUGGAGCGGGCGACCCGGCGGCCGCACCGUUCAUGGGCCCCUUGUCCACGGAGUUCCAGUACCGCCAAGUGCUGGCACUGCUGGACGACGUGCGCAACACGAAGCUCAACGUCGUGGGUGGCGACGCGGCGCUCGCCGCGGCCACAGACACGGCCGCGGCCGGCAAGGGCUACUUUGUACGUCCGGUCGUUGUUGACAACCCGCCGGACACGGCCCGCAUCGUUGUCGAGGAGGCCUUUGGGCCCACUGUGCCGCUGCUCAAGUGGUCGGACGAGGCGGACGUGCUUCGUCGCGCCAAUGACACGCAGCUCGGCCUGGGCGCGUCCGUCUGGUCCGGCGAUCUGAAGCACGCAGGCGAGGUUGCGCGCCAACUCGAGGCUGGCAACGUCUGGGUCAACUCGCACCUGGUACGGCAUCCGUUGGCGCCGUUGGUUGGGUAUAAAUGGUCGGGUCUGGGCGCCGAGGGUGGCAUCGACGGCCUGAAGCAGUAUUGCAAUAUCCAGGCGCUGCAUUUGCCCAAUUGA